AUGGGCGACAUUGACAACUGGGAGGAUCUCCUUGGCGGCGAUGAUGAUAACGAGCCGCAGCAGGACUUUGACGAGGAACCGGAUGAGGUUGAUCUCCCCGAUCCGGAGCUGGAGUCCCUUCCUGAGAAGUACAGAAACCUCACAGACAAGAAGGAGAUGAUGCAGGCCAUCCUCGAGCUGCACAAGCAACUGGCUGCUGCACCAAAGCCUGGUGGCGAGAAGAAGCAGAAGAAGAAGGCCGAGGAGCCCGAGCCGCUGCCAGAGGACCCGGAUCUCACACCAGAAGAGCUCGAGAGCCUCAGGAUCGCGCGCAAGAAGGAGAUGGAGAGCCGGGAGCUUGCCGACGUUGCCGACAUGUACGGCGACGAGGACCAGAAGCGCAUCUCCAUCGAUGACUUCCAGCCAGCCACCAAGGACGACUUUAUCAAGUUCCGCGAGGCCCUCGUGGAGAAGAUUGGCUACUUUGACCGUUCGCCGCACUUCAAGAACGAGUACUUUAUUGACGAGCUCUUCCAGGGCCUCCUCAAGGACAUCAACUCGAAGCGCAUUCGCAGCAUCGCCACAAAUCUGCGCAAGUUUGCGGAAGGAAAGGACAAGAAGGCAAAG